UUUAUUGCAGCUUUUAUUCUCUAUAAAGAUCUUCUAAUUUUGUUUCUUUGAAGCAAGUGCCAUCUAACUCAUUGUCACAAGUCAUCACAGCUCUAUCAAAUCAAAGGCAAAUAUAAAGAUGGGCCAAUCUCUGAAGAAACUAGCACCUGGAACUGAUGAAAAGAAGGUCAAUGAACUUAACACAAUUUUAGAUAAAUUCUAUGAUGACAACAUCAAAGACGCCACAAUCAACUUCCCAGAAUUCUACCGAGGAGUAUGCGAGAUAGUCGAGGAACUGAAUGAAAAGCGUGGAAACACCCAGUUCAAACUCCCAGAGACUGAGGUUCUGAAGAAGGCAUACAAUGAAAAUCAUAAAGGUAAAGACAAGGCACUGAAAAAAUCAGAAUUCAAGGAGAUCAUGAAAGAGAUGGUGAAGGAAUCAGGAUUCACUGGUAUAGGAGCAAAGGAAGCACUCAUGUACAUCUUUGGUGUUCCUGUGGCUGCUCUGUUUGUUAAGCAGAGAGUGAUGCCUCAUGCAAUUUCUAAUGAGAUUUUCAUUCCAGGGGUUACUUCAGUCACUGUCUUCAUUCUAGCUGCUCUUAACAAGAUUUGAUAUAUUAUGACCAACCAAUAAUUAUUGUUUGUGGCCUUACUUUGCACUUUUACAAUUAAUGCUAAAAUUUUAACACAUUGAUAUUUA